AUGCAGAAAACACUAACCCCAAAACCACGUAAAGACAUGACACUUUGCUAUUCCAGUCUCGUCACUUUGCAGCUCGUUGUGGCGCUGGUCCUAGGGAUCCUGGUCAACACGGAGACCAAACCGGCACCUAGUCCCCAGAUUCUUUCUUAUAGUGUCCCAAGUCCUAUCCUGCCUGGCGUGUUUGGAGGCCAUGUUCUUCCCCCUGUGAUACAUCCAAUGGCUCCGGGUUUCUCAUGUCCCGUUAUCCCAUCCAUGUGCCAUCAACCCGUGAGUCUUCCAAUGAUGUACCACCCACCACCAGCGGUACUUGCUCCCCGUCCACUUGUGCGUCCUGUUCAACUUCCUAUGGUCCUUCCUCAUCCACCAGUGCUGCCUAUGUUAGCUCCUCAUCCACCAGUGCUGCCUGUUCACCCCCCUAUGGUCUUACCUCAUCCACGAAGACUGCCUGUUCCUUCCCCUCUGUACGCUCUCCAGCCACCAGUGCUGCCUGUUCAUCUCCCCGUGUAUUCUCUUCAUCCACCAGCGAUGCCUCUUCGACCCCCUAUGCUUCCAAUUUCUCCAUCAAUGCGCUCACCAACCAUGCUUCAGUCACAGCCACCAGCCUAUUCUCAGCCAUCAGGGACUCCACCGGCAUCCACCCCAUCAGAAUUACUCUCCUCAGCUAAAGUCGUUUACCUCCCAACACCAGAGGGUAAUCCCGGGGCCGAUGCUGGGGCCGACUCCCAAUUCGUCUCAGCGCUUCCCCCCCAGGGUUCCUACGGCUCCCCCUCGACACCAGAUGCCGACCCUUCGAAGGGUGACAUGUCUUCCAUGCUCAGUAUGAUGUCUUCCUUAAAUGGCUUUGGUUACUCCUCAGCCAGUAACGCUUCCGCGUCAGCCAACUAA